UUAUGCUUGAUCAACUAUCACUGCCAUUUCAUUCUCUAAUCUUCAUCACACAGCGAAGUAUUUUAGGGUUUCAACGUUCAAAUUUCAUAGCUUCAGGGCUUGCAUCCAAUGUCUGACAUCGAAAAUCAUGCUUCCCUUCGUGGCCGUUCAUCGCCCGAUAAGCCAAUUUCUCGUGGAUCUGCUCAUGAAAGUUCACGGAUGAGAAGGCAAGAUGAUGAAAGGAAAACCUUUCAUGACCGCCAUCGCAGAGACCACAAGGUUGGAAGGUUUAUGGGGAGGGGUAAAUAUGACAAUUAUAAUCGGCACAAGAAAAGUGAUUAUGAUAGGCAUAAUGACCGUGUUUACGAUGGAGAAACAAAGCACAAAUAUGGAGCACAUUUAAAGAGAUCAAGGAGGAAAUCAAGAUCAAGAUCAAGAUCACGAUCCAGAUCCCCAUCUCGGUCUGAAUGCAAAAGGACCUCUGGUUUUGACAUGGCACCACCUACUGCAGACGUAACACCUGCUGUCUCAGGGCAAAUACUGGGUACUGCUCAUACGAUUCAAGGAACUUCACAAAAUUUGUCACCAUUUGGAAUAUCACAGAUGGGAACACUUUCUGUAAUGCACAUUCAACCUAUGACACAGCAGGCUACAAGGCAUGCCCGGCGAGUUUAUGUAGGUGGGCUUCCUCCGUUGACUAGACAACAGACAAUUGCAGCAUUCUUCAGCCAAGUCAUGAUUACCAUUGGGGGCAAUUCUGCUGGAGCAGGCGAUUCUGUUGUCAAUGUCUACAUCAAUCAUGAGAAGAAAUUCGCAUUUGUGGAGAUGAGAACUGUUGAGGAGGCUAGCAAUGCAAUGGCGUUAGAUGGAAUAAUAUUUCAGGGUGUUGCUGUAAGGGUCCGUAGGCCAACAGAUUAUAAUCCUUCAUUAGCUGCUGCUCUAGGUCCUAGCCAGCCAAGUCCACACCUCAACUUAUCUGCCGUUGGACUUGCUAUUGGUGCUGUUGGUGGAACUGAGGGACUUGACCGCAUUUUUGUGGGUGGGCUUUCAUAUUGCUUCACUGAAGAACAAAUAAGACAAUUACUAGAAUCUUUUGGUACUCUCCAUGCUUUUGAUUUAGUUAGGGAUAAAGACACUGGACAUUCUAAAGGAUAUGGUUUUUGUACUUAUGAGAAUCCAGCGGUAACAGACAUUGCUUGUGCCUCUCUCAAUGGCCUUAAAAUGGGUGAUAAAACAUUGACUGUAAGGCGAGCUACUGUCAGUGGUCAUUCUAAAACAGAGCAGGAACACAUCUUUGCAAGGGCACAACAGCAUAUAGCUAUCCAGAAAAUAGCUUUGGAAGUUGGCGGGUCAAAUAUUCCUUGGGCAGAAAGAGUGCCAACUACAAUUGAUGAAACUCCCACUAAAGUGUUAUGUUUGACAGAGGCUGUUACUUCUGAUCAGUUGAGGGAUGAUGAGGAAUAUGAAGAAAUAUUGGAAGACAUGCGGGAUGAGUGCCGCAAAUUUGGAGCUUUGGUGAAUGUUGUUAUUCCGCGGCCGAAUCCUGGCGGAGAGCUGCCUCCGGGUAUUGGAAAGGUGUUCUUGGAAUACUCUGAUAACGCUGGUUGUUCCGCCGCAAAAAAUGCUCUACAUGGUAGGAAAUUUGGUGGCAAUGUUGUGACUGCCGUUUAUUAUUCUGAAGAGAAGUAUCACGGUAUGGACUAUGGAGUAUGAUGUAAAAGAUAGAUAGUUAUGUAGCCACAGUGAUUAAUGUCUGUCUGUAAAGUAGAUCUGUUUUCCUUAGAGGAACUCAACGUGUACUCUUUUAAACUGAAUCUGUCAAAUAUAAUCGAUUAUAGUACUUGUCAUUAUAAUGCAUAGAUUCAAACUGUUGUUAUCAGCGUGUAAAAUUGGAGGAAAAAAACCUCUAUUUUUAAUUUUUUAUUAUUACAAUCUUGAGGAACGAUUUGAUUCA